UUCGCCGGGGGGAGGAGUGAUACCCUAGUUAUAACGAGUUGUACCUUGCGGCAGAACAAAGACAGUUUACAGAAAGGAUUCAGAUUCAUAGCUUUCAGAAUCAUUAAAUCUAAUUGGUAUCAUUCGACCCAACUUGAAGAGUUCUUUCUAAUAAUGUGUAUGUGUAUAAUAAAUUAUAUAUUAAGCAGAAAAAACUCGAAAGCCCAGGGAAAAGAGGGGGGGCGUAAACGAUGUACUACAAAGAUGAUUUAAAUUAUACAUUUAAUAUUAACUUAAAUUGCCAGAAACAUGAAAAUCAACUUUAAAACUUAUUUUUUGUAUACCUUUUCAACUAUUUUAAUCGUUGCUUCAUUAUAUAAUCUGAUUGGUAUUGUCUACGCUAUGCGCUAUUUUGAUGGGGGUAUCAAACAGUUCGAUGGACUAUAUUCGAACAAAACAUUUCAUUUUGUUAUUGUGAAAUCUGUGGUAAUAAAAUCAUAA